CAUCAUCAUUCAUCAACCAUCUUCCGAUUCCAUUUCUAAGUCUCUCCACUCUCUUCUCUUCUUAGUUAUUUAUUUGUGUGUUCCUUCUCCAUAAUUCUCUUCACUUCCAACAAAAUCCAACUGGCAAUAAUUGAUCCCCAAUUGUUUAUUCAACCUGUUUCUUGUUUUUCUUGCCCUAACAGUGGUGGGUAGGUGAUCAAAGGGGAAUUAUGGACCAGAAAACUUGGCUAUGGAGGAAAAGAUCAUCGGAGAAGACAAUAGUUGCAAAUGGAGAUGAUGAAGAAAAACCUGUCCCAAAAGAAGCAGAUCUGGAAAUUUCUUUGAAAGAAUUAAGUGAGAAAUUGGCUGCUGUUGUUGAUGAGUGUUCAGAGAAAGAUAAACUUGCAGAGAGGUGUCAAAAAAUGGCAGAUGAUGCCAUUGCAGACAAGAUCAAGGCCGAGGAAGAAGCCCAUCGCUUGAAGGAAGAGCUCGAUGAAGUCAUCGAACAGCGCGGCGCAGCAAACGAGAGGCUCGCGAACUUAAACUCGGCAUUUAAGGACUGUAUGGAUCAGCUGAACAACGUUCGAAACGAUCAAGAUCGAAAACUGAAAGAAGCAAUAACGCAGACGUCGAAAGAGUCGAAAACGGCGCAUAAGAAGCUGGAAGAGCAGCUGUCUGAAGCGAACAAACGCCUCGCGACCGCAGCCGCCGAGACAUCGUAUCUCGGAAAAGCUCUAAUAGUGAAGGAGAAACUAAUCAACGAUCUUACAAAAAUCAAGAAUCAGACAGAAGCCGAGUUCGAAGCCUUGAUGUCCCGACUCGAUUCCACCGAAAAAGAAAACACUUUUCUGCGAUACGAAUUCCGCGCGCUCGAGAAAGAGCUCGAGUAUUGCCGAGGGUCUGUAGAGGCUUCGAACAAACAAAAUUCGGACAAUGUCAAGAAGAUCAAGAAAUUGGAAGGCGAUUGUCAAAGAUUACGCGCAUUGACGCGUAAACGCAUUCCCGGGCCGACGAUAAUGGCGAAUGUAAAGAGCGAUAUUGAAGUAUACGCGGGUAGUCGGAUCGAUACCCGGAGGAAGUCCUUACAUGGAGGUUUUAUUACAGAUUACUCUCCGGAAAACGUAUGUAAGAAGCUCGGGGUGUUGACGAGUCGGGUUCGGGAUUUGGAGAAGGAGAAUGAGAUUUUUAAAGAACUUUUGAUGGAGAAAGAGGAGCAGCUCUUACAUUACCAGAAACUGCAGAUUUCGACAUCCUUGGUCGCAGAGGAGAAGACGGAACACGAAUGUAAGAUAAUUGGAGCUUCGGACAUGAGUCUAAUGGACGAUUUCGUGGAAAUGGAGAGGUUAGCGAUAGUUGCAGUCGAUCUACCGGUUGGCGGAGGUUCGUUUUCUUCGAUGUCUGAUUUGGACAGCCAUAUGAAUGUCACGACGAAGGAGCUUGUUCCAGUGGGGAUCGGGGAAGAACCGUCUUCGGAUAAACCGAACGAUUGGGUAAUGAAUGUUGCGAACACGAUCGUCGAGCAACAUAGGAUUUCGAAAAAGAGCAUCAACGACCUUCUUGGCGACGUCAAAUUGGCUGCGAACGGCAUCGCUGCUGCCGAGCCAUCGAAAUUGGUCCCGAUCAGCGGGUACCUCACUUGGAAAUCACCACCGUCGACUCCGAGAUCCAAUUCGCUUCACGAAUCGAGCAACGAGCUACUACAGCCGGAUUUGAGCGUAUCCCUCGGAAAAAUUAUCAAUAUUGUUAGAAAAUUUUACGGAAAUUUGCCUGAUGAUGACAACAAUUCGAAGGCGGGCGAGUGUAAAAUUCAUGUCUUUCGAUGGAGAAGCCGCGAGCUAAGCGACGUUCUGAUGGAAUUUAUCGGUAGUUGUAAGAAUCUGUCGGAUGGAAUGAUAAGUUACGACGGGUUCGUUCGACACUUAGCGUCAACGCUUGGAUGGAUUACCGACAACUGUGUAUCCUACGACGAUCGCUCGACGGUUAGAGAUGAAUUCUCGAAGCACUUGAGCGGGGAAGGUCCAGGGACUGCGAUGGAGCUCGAGUGCGUGCAGAAUCUUAUGCUCGAAAUAGAGAAAAUACAUUCGGCGCUGAAAGUAGAAAUCAAAGCGCUGAAGAACGAGGUGAAUCGGAUGAAAUUGUCGAAGAACGAUCCCGAAUUUGCGAUUCUGCAAACCGAGAUAGAAGUGUUGAAAGAGUCAGGGAGAAUGACGGAGGAUCGGAUCGAGGAUUUGAAGGCGAUCAACGAAGAUCUCGAUACUCAGCUCACCGUUACCAAAUCAAAACUCGGCGACGCCCUACAAAAACUGUCGUGCGUCGAGGUCGAGCUCGAUAAUAAAAUCCAUUGCUGCGAGGAAUUGGAGGGGAUUUGCCUUGAGCUUCAACUGCAACUCGAAAGCACGACGAAAAACCAAAACUCGAAGAAUGGGAGCGAAGAAGAGCUGCUGCAAACGGGUAUGGAGAUCACGAAAGCGUCGGCGAAGCUAGCGGAGUGCGAAGAAACGAUUUUGAAAUUGGGGAAGCAGCUGAAAUCACUCGGUUCGUCAAAGGAGCUAUCGGUUUUCGACAAGGUUCUAUCGAUAACCGGGGCAACGAGCAAGAAAUUUAAACAGCGGUCAUCUUUGCGCGAAAUGCUGUCCGAAGAUUAUGCGCAACGGCUAAAGCACUCGAAGGAAAUGACAACUACGGCUGCUGCGAACGGACAAUCUAUUUCUAGGACAAGCAGCCGGAGCUUUUCUUUCUCGGAUAAUCAAGCGGAUAAGUAUCUUGGGACAAGGAAAGAUUCUAGAGCGGCGAAAUCGGGGGCUUUGGUCGUUGUCCCGAAGAAAAAUACGGGAGGAAGAGGGAUCGGGUUUCUGACAACUCUACUGUUGAGAAGGAAGAAGAGUAGCAGCAAGAGUAAGUCCCUUUGGUAAAUCGAUUGGCUUUCAUUGCAAUAAGGAAUUUGUUGUUUUUGUGAAUAGAUUUGUUUGUAUGUAUUGAUGGUUUUCGACAAGAUUGUUGUUGUAUCAUUUCAUGAAAGAUUGUUUUUGUUAAUGUCUAGCAUAUGAUCGAACAUGGUUAUUGUUCAGACCA